GCAGGUAAUGUCAAGGUAUCUAAAUUAGGAACAUUUUUUAAAUUUACAUUGGAUGACUGUUAGUAAACACAUAAUAUCUUUAAAUAUAGAAAAUAUUAAUAACUGAAUUUAAAAAGAAGAAAAAAUGUUUAAUGUAAUAAUAUUAUCACGUUUUAUCUUCAUUUUUAUACUUCUUUCUUGUGGAAAUUGUAACCAUGAAGUGGAAGGAAAUUCCUGUGACGAAUUUGUCGAUAAAGUGAUAGAAUCUGCAAUACUGGCUUAUAAGCAUAAAAUAGAUCCACUACAACCUAAAAAUUUAACAUUUGAAUUUGAGAAGAAGGUUUUAUUUAUUACCUAUCGAGGAGAAGCAAAACUAUCAGAUACUGUCAUCUAUGGCCUUUCUACAAUCCAUCGUGAAGGAGACUGUGAACUUUUUGCUAAAGACGGUGUUCUGAAAUUUGCUGUUACUUUAGGAAUGGGAGUAUUAGAAUUUGAAUCAAAAGCUAAAAUAACAUUUAUGAAACUUGGCCCAAAAGUCACUUUGACAGGAGAAAUUGGAUUUGCAUUAGUUCAUUUUGAGUUUAGCUUUGAUAAAAAUUCCGGAAAAUUGCCUUCGGUUGAUAAAGUAGAAAUAUAUGAUAUUAAAGGUUCAAAAGUAAAGGUUAAGGGUUUAGGACCACUAAAUUACGCUGCAGAUAGAAUCGCUGCAUCUGCAAUCAAGUUGUUUAGUGGCCGAAUCAGAAAGAAAAUGGAGGAGAAAUUGCGUGAAAUAUUAGAUGAUGAAAUUAAAAAUCAUAAAUUUCCAACAGAAGAAGAAGACUAAUGUUGAAGUAUACAAAUAAAUUUUGUUUUUA